UAGUGGUAAAGUAGCAGAAGAAUUUGUUGUUGCAGCGGCUGACGAAUUUCGGUUUUGAUAUCUCUGACAUUUCAGGUUGUUUUGGGAGGUGCUACAACAGAAAAAAUGCAGGAUGUCAUAAACGCCGUUAAGGGGACAGCGCGAGGUGUGGCAGAGUACUGGACCCCAGUUUUAAAGGAAUCAAAGUUCAAGGAAACAGGUGUGAUUACCCCUGAAGAGUUUGUGGCAGCUGGUGAUCACCUUGUCCACCACUGUCCCACCUGGCAGUGGGCUGCAGGCGAUGAAACCAAGACAAAACCUUACCUCCCUAAAGAUAAACAAUUCCUCAUCACUAGAAAUGUGCCAUGUUACAAACGGGUCAAGCAAAUGGAUAACCAUCAGGAAGACCAAGAGAAAGUAAUAGAGGAGGAGGAUGGGGAUGGAGGAUGGGUGGACACACACCAUUAUGCAGAUUCCACGACAACAUCAGUACAAGAAUCCAUAGCAGAGAUGACACUAGAUUCAAAAGAGCCUGCUCCAGCUGCCGGUCCUGCAGGAGCGCAGGAGGAUGAUGAAGAUGAUGAUGAGGAAGCUGAGGACAUGGAGGCGUUUGAGGAGAGUGGCAUGUUAGAGGAAGAGGACAAUGCAACAGUAGAUAUCAAGAAGACUGGGGGUGCAGAUUCAGAAGGAGCUUGUGCGUCAGCGUCAGAUAGUGGGAUUAUCCAAACACGGACAUAUGAUCUGAAUAUUACUUACGAUAAAUAUUACCAGACCCCACGACUCUGGCUGUAUGGCUAUGAUGAGAACCGAAAGCCUUUGACAGUUGUACAGAUGUUUGAAGAUUUUAGUCAGGACCAUGCCAAGAAGACUGUAACAAUGGAGGCACAUCCCCACUUACCGGGGCCACCCAUAGCAUCAGUUCAUCCCUGCAAACAUGCUGAUGUCAUGAAGAAGAUCAUAGAGACUGUAGCAGAGGGAGGAGGAGAGCUGGGUGUUCACAUGUACCUGAUGAUAUUCCUCAAGUUUGUGCAAGCCGUCAUUCCAACAAUAGAGUAUGAUUACACGCGGCAUUUUACCAUGUGACCUACCUGUUGUUUGUCUAACCUUAGGGUGAGGGGUUAAGGAUAAUGUACAUUGUGUCAUGUAAAUUGCAAAUAUAUGAUUAUAUAACAUGUACAGUGACUUGAAGUAUAGGCUAUUUAAAAAUAUGUAUUGGAUACUCUGUUAGAAAAUAUGUCAGAGCUGUUAACGUUCAAUACCUUUAAUUCGAUAAGUGUUAUCAGUAACACCGAGACAUCUUGUGAAGGACUACU